GGGCACGCUCUCCUGAACGGGGGUUCCGGGCGAAGCCGGUGCAGGUUCCUGAGGGAAGAUGACAGCCUUGCUGGGCGCGGCGGCCGAGCGGCUGAGGUGGCCCCGGUCGAGCGCCGUCCGCAGGGCUGCCUGCCUGGCCGCUGCGGCGUAUGCCCUGAAGAGGCUCUACCCGGUGCUGGACAGGCGCCUGCGGGCCCCUGGCCCGGGUAGGACGGCGGCAGCCAGGGACACACCGCAUUGCACCGUGAGCGGGGGCGGACAGCCGUCACCCGCGGUGAACGCGGAUUUCUUCCGACAGCUGCUGGCCCUUCGGAAGAUCCUUUUCCCCAAACUUGUGACCGCCGAAACGGGGUGGCUGUGCCUGCACUCGGUAGCCCUGGUCUCCAGGACGUUUCUGUCCAUCUACGUGGCCGGGCUGGAUGGGCAGAUCGUGAAGAGCAUCGUGGAAAAGAAGUCCCGCUCUUUUGUCAUUAAGUUAGCCAAGUGGCUUAUGGUCGCCAUCCCUGCCACCUUCGUCAACAGCGCCAUCAGGUACCUGGAGUGCAAGCUGGCCCUGGCCUUCAGGACCCGCCUGGUGGAACAUGCCCACGAGACCUACUUUGCAGAUCACACUUACUACAAGGUGAUCCACAUGGACGGAAGGCUGGCCAAUCCUGACCAGUCCCUGACGGAAGACAUCACGAUGUUCUCCCAGUCGGUGGCCCACCUGUACUCCAAUCUGACCAAGCCCAUCCUGGACGUGAUGCUCACAUCCUACACCCUCAUCCGGACAGCCACGUCCAGGGGGGCCAGCCCCAUCGGCCCCACCGUGUUGGCGGCACUGGUGGUGUACGCCACAGCCAAGGUGCUAAGAGCCUGCUCGCCCAGGUUUGGCAAACUGGUGGCCGAAGAAGCCCAUAGGAAAGGCUACCUGCGGUACGUGCAUUCCAGGAUUAUAGCCAACGGGGAAGAAAUUGCCUUUUACAGGGGACACAAGGUGGAGAUGAGGAAGCUGCAACAGAGCUACCAGGCGCUGGCCGACCAGAUGAACCUGAUCCUGUCCAAGAGGCUGUGGUACACCAUGAUCGAGCAGUUCCUCAUGAAGUAUUUGUGGAGCAGCUGCGGGCUCGUCAUGGUGGCUGUGCCCAUCAUCACGGCGACUGGCUUUGCAGAUGGCGAUCUCGAAGAUGGUCCCAAACAAGCGAUGGUCAGCGAACGGACAGAAGCCUUCACCACUGCACGCAACCUGCUGGCCUCUGGCGCCGACGCCAUUGAAAGGAUAAUGUCCUCCUACAAAGAGAUCACUGAAUUAGCAGGCUAUACUGCUCGAGUGUACAAUAUGUUUUGGGUCUUUGAUGAAGUAAGAAGAGGCAUUUAUAAGAGGAGUAAUACCAUUCAAGAGUCUGAAAGUCAGAGUGGGAAAGGGGCUGAUGUAAAAUUACCCCUCAGCAGCACAUUGGCCGUCAGAGGAAAAGUUAUCGAUGUGGAUCAUGGAAUUAUUUGUGAAAAUGUACCUAUAAUCACCCCAGCGGGAGAAGUGGUGGCUUCAAGGCUGAACUUCAAAGUACAAGAAGGAAUGCACCUUUUGAUAACUGGUCCCAACGGUUGUGGCAAAAGCUCUCUCUUCAGAAUCUUGAGCGGACUCUGGCCUGUGUACGAAGGGGUCCUCUACAAGCCGCCUCCCCAGCACAUGUUCUACAUCCCACAGAGGCCGUACAUGUCUCUAGGAAGUCUUCGAGACCAAGUCAUCUAUCCGGAUUCAGUGGACGACAUGCUGGAUAAGGGCUACACGGACCACGAUCUGGACUGCAUUCUUCAGAGCGUCCACCUCUCUCACCUGGUCCAGAGGGAAGGAGGCUGGGACGCCGUGCUGGACUGGAAGGAUGUCCUGUCUGGAGGGGAGAAGCAGCGGAUAGGCAUGGCCCGCAUGUUCUACCACAAACCAAAAUAUGCAUUGCUGGACGAAUGCACGAGUGCCGUCAGCAUCGAUGUGGAAGGGAUGAUAUUCCAGGCUGCCAAAGGGGCUGGGAUCUCCUUGUUGUCGAUAACGCACAGGCCUUCUCUUUGGAAGUACCACACUCACUUACUACAGUUUGACGGUGAAGGAGGGUGGCACUUUGAAGAGCUGGACACUGCAGUCCGCUUGACGCUGAGUGAAGAAAAACAAAGGCUCAGCUCUCAGCUGGUGGGGGUUUCCAAAAUGCAGCGGAGGCUCAAUGAACUCUGCCAAAUUCUGGGAGAAGACUCGGUGCUGAAGACGGUCCUGUGUGAGGAGGAAAACUCCUAAUUGGUUUUGGCACUUUUGAAAAAGCACGUUUUAGGUAAAGGCUCCGAGAGCCAGCAGCAGGACGUGACGUGUGAUAAGAAAAGCAGCGAGAAGUACCUGCCAUGACCUUACAGAAGAAAAUAAACAAAUCCAUUAUGGAAGAGUAGUUACAGCUUACGCUGAUUCCGAAUGAAA